CCAAGAUGAAGGCCGUCCUGCUGCUCCUGGCUGUCCUGGCUGUGGCCGUGGGUCCAGCCCAUGCCCUACUCUGCCACGUGUGCACCAGCGUCACCAACUGUGAGCAUCCCCAGACCUGUCCCUCCAGCUUCCAGUACUGCAAGACUACGACCACACUGGAGCCUCUGGCGGGGGACCUGGUGAAGAAAGAGGGGUGUGCGGAGUCGUGCAAGCCCACCCACAGCCAGCAGGGUCAAGUCAGCAGAGGCACCGAGACCAUCCGGUGCUGUGAACACGACCUGUGCAAUGAGAGGCUGACCAGCGCCGCACCUGCCCGCAGCCUGCCCGGCGCCACCCUUGGCCUCACGCUGGCCCUCGGCCUCGCACUCCUCUGGGGCCCCAACCUGUGAUACCUCCCACCCGUCCCGGGAGGACCCACUGCUUCUCUCCCUUUCCUGGGGGCAGGGAGGUUUCCACGGCCCCUCCCCAACCGUGACGGGUGCUGUGCCAGGCGCCCUGGGCUGGGCCGGCCAGAAGGCCCAGGCCAGGUCGGGGCGGGCACAGAAAGCAGCUGGCCUGGUGAGCCCCUCCCCAAGAUGAGGACACAGCACCCCAGGGCCAGCAGAGGGCAGAAGACACAAGUCAC